CCAGGAGGGGCGGGUCCUUUGUUAGCAACGCUGUCGUUCAUUGGUUAAUUGAGUAGACCAAUGGGAUCGCUACAAGGAACACGGUGAAAAGGAGGCCGCGUGUUUAUAGCGUGAGAGCGUCAAUAGAGAUGCUGAGGCGAGAAGCUCGACUUCGAAGAGAGUACCUUUACAGAAAGGCUCAGGAGGAUAAAACCCUCUCUAUUGAGGAGAAAAAACAGAAGCUCAAGAAGGCUUUAGAUGAGAAUCACCUGAUCCCAACAGAAGUUCGGAAAGAUGCUAUUGAGCUUCAGAAAUUUAUUGAAUAUGAUGAUGAAGGGGGUGAAGGAGUUAGUUCCCACAUAGAUGAUGAGUACAAAUGGGCUGGAGUAGAGGACCCAAAAAUCAUGAUAACCACAUCUCGAGAACCCAGCUCUCGGUUAAAGAUGUUUGCUAAGGAAGUGAAGCUGAUUUUUCCCAAUUCUCAGCGUAUGAACAGAGGAAAACAUGAAGUAGGAGCUUUGGUGCAGGCUUGUAAAGCUAAUGAUGUUACAGACCUAAUCAUCAUGCAUGAACAUAGGGGUCAGCCAGAUGGAAUGAUAGUCUGCCAUCUACCGUUUGGUCCCACUGCAUAUUUUACUCUGUAUAAUGUAGUAAUGAGGCAUGAUAUUCCUGAUAUCGGAACUAUGUCAGAGGCAUAUCCACAUCUUAUCUUCCACAAUUUUACAUCUCGCCUCGGUCGAAGGGUGUCUGGCAUCUUGAAGUAUCUUUUUCCAGUUCCUAAAGAUGAAAGCAGACGGGUUAUUACAUUUGCAAAUCAGGAUGAUUUUAUAUCUUUCAGGCACAAUACAUAUAAGAAGAAAGAUCAUAAAAACAUUGAGCUGACAGAAGUGGGGCCAAGGUUUGAGAUGAAGUUGUAUAUGAUAAAAUUGGGAACACUGGAAAAUGAAAACACAGCAGAUGUAGAAUGGCGUCUUCAUGCCUAUACCCACACUGCAAGAAAACGAAAGCACCUCAGUGUGGAAUAAAAAAGUGACUGUAGCUGUAAGCUAAUCCAAUAAAUCCAAA